UCGCGGGUGAUCUGAUGAGAAAUUCAUUAAUAAUUAAUCAAUUGCAAUAAAUUUAAUUAAUAAAAUAACUUUCAAAAUGUCGAAAGACUUAGCGUCAUUUAAAAAUGAUGUUCAUAAAAUAUUUAAUAAUAUUUUUGAAUUAAAUGACAUGGUCACUGCUAAAAAUUUGAUGGUCUGGGUUGUCUUGGUGCUGAUAUCAACUGUGGUGAUCAUAAUACUUCGGUUGUCUGAGAUUUUAAAACCCAAAAAAUGUUUUCAAGUAUCGAAUAAAUUAUCGCGGGAGAAGAUAAAUAUUAUUGCUGAUGGAAUGGCCAAGGGAUCAGUGAUGUUGAAUCAUAUCAAAAGUCUACGAGCUCUUCAUAUUGCUACUGAGAGAUGCUACUUGAGAAGAAAUGCCAAGCAAUGCGUCGAAAUAGUGACCUACUGUCCUCACUUGGUCAACGUAAAAUUAGGUCCAGGUGGCCUGACACCAUUCCACCGUAUUUGCAACCACGGACACGCUACCUUGAUGUCUUUCAUGCUGUCCAAAGGUGCUGAUCCCUGGCUGACAACAGAUUCCGGAGAAAACGCACUCUGCCUGGCUAUAAACUGGUGCAUAAAACACCCGACUGGAUCCCUAGACUGCCUUUACAUGCUCCAGAGGCACGGAUGCUCACUAGACAACACCAACAAGUGGUUCAGGAUUUACCUGCGAGCUGCCAUGCUGACUGAUCACAAGAAACUGGUCAACUGGUUAUUCGAUCAAGCUGCUCCAUUAGCUUCUCGUUCUUCGUCAUUCCCUUUGUACUGAUUUGAAUAUUUUAU